CCUUCAUUCGAGUUGUGCUUACAGACAGGAACACAGCUUCCUUCCACAGACAAGUGUUGAGUAUGUUGUGUUUGUGAUCUGCCAGUGAAGAAGGUUUCUCUUUUGAUCUGUGGAUGUGGAACAGCAAACUUUAAACAUGAGCAGUCCAAAGUGUCCUGGCUGUCAGCAGUCUGAUUUCAGUAAGUUGGAUGGACAGAAAGCAGUCUGCAGACCUUGUUCUAAAGCAAAGAGGUGCGUGUUUCAGUUCUGCUGGGCGUGUCAGAGAGAGUGGCCAUGCAACGCUUCAGCCAACAACUCCUGCAUGCUGCCGAACUGUGCUCUCCGUGCUGCCCUCCUCAGCGUCAAAGAGAUCAGUGACCCGCAAAGCUUAGUGAAUGGAUGCCCAUACUUCAGGGCCUGUCCGGGAUGCCAGGCCCUAGUAACACACAGUGGUGAGGGCUGCCCUUACAUUAUUUGUCCCAACUGCGAAGAGGAGUUCUGCUUCCGCUGCCUCCGUCCACAGUGCUACGAAGCUGGAUAUGAUGAUGAAUAUGAUGAUGAUGAUGAUGGUGAUGAUGAUAAUGAUGAUGAUGAUGAUCUUGAGAUAGGGCCCUGUGUGAUAGCGGAUAAUGCUGAGAUCAUUAAUCGCAUGGGACUCUAGUAGAUGAGCAUAAACUAUUAAAAAUAACUUUAGAAUAAAUAAAUA